GUAAGCUAAUGGCUUGGUGCUGACAGCAGAUCGUCUUAUCCAUGCAAUAUUUCUGCUCCGCCCUGACUCUUGAAACCCUCUUGGACUGCUCAUGGACCGGAUGAGGCUUAGAGCUCAGGUGCCUGGCAUGUAAAAUUGAAUGUUUGCUUAUUUCCCCCUACCUUAAAACCUCGCUGGAGCCAAGCGUCGCCAGCUGAUAGAACAAGUCUAUCGUGCACUCACAUUGCAAUCACAGUUAUGGCGACAAAUGCAGCAGCAGAGGCUGCGACCUCAGAGAAGCCGCAUGUGGCAAAAGCAAAGCGAUCCUGGCCACUGUGGAAGAAGCUCACUGCCUUUGGCGUGACACUUUCAGUCAUCAUCGCUCUGGCUGUUGGACUUGGUGUUGGCCUCACUCGAGGAAAGGGAGGAAACAACAGCGACGAUACUGCUAACUCAGAGGCCGACGAUUCAACAGAACCCUAUCUCAAAGCCCGCAGCAGUCUUUGGCAACCCAAAGUUGGCGCACAAUGGCAGAUUGUUCUCCUCAAGCCUAUAAAGCUCAACAAGGACGGCUCCGCCAAGGAUCUCAAGCCCAACGUUGGCAUUUACGACCUGGAUCUCUAUGAUAACGACGCUGAGACCUUUGCAGCCCUACACAAGGCUGGCAAGAAGGUCAUCUGCUACUUCAGCGCCGGAUCAUGGGAGGAUUGGCGUGAUGACAAGAACCAGUUCAAGAAGGCCGAUCUUGGCAAGACUCUCGACGGCUGGCCUGAUGAGAAAUGGCUCAACCUGAGAAGCACCAAUGUUCGCAACAUCAUGAAGAAGCGCAUCAAGCUUGCUGCUCAGAAGGGAUGCGACGCUAUUGAUCCCGACAACGUCGACGGUUAUCAAAAUGACAAUGGCCUCAAGCUGACCAAGAAAGACUCUAUCGACUAUAUCAAGUUCCUCGCUGCAGAGGCUGCAAAGUACAAUAUGUCCACUGGUCUCAAGAACGCCGGCGACAUCAUCUCCUCUGUUCUCUCCUACGUCCAGUUCUCAGUCAAUGAGCAAUGCGUCGAGUACUCUGAAUGUGAGACAUUUGCGAAGUUCAUCAAGGCCAAGAAGCCUGUUUUCAAUAUUGAAUAUCCCAAGGGUGCGCCCAAGGUCAAGGAGUCCGAUCGCAAAGCCAUUUGCUCGAAGAAGGGCAAGGCAAAGGGUACAGAAGGUUUCAGCACUGUUAUCAAGAAGAUGAAUCUUGAUGGUUGGGUCAUGUACUGCACCGGGAAUACCUAUCAGACUGCAGUCGAGAACUGAUACACCCGGGGAAGUCCACAGAGGUUACAUCUCAUCAUAAAUAUCAUGAUAUCACAAUUUAGGUUUGCGAUAUAUUUCAAAUCCUUGAUAUGAAAUGAUAAAGGUCCUAUCAA